AUGCCUGCAACACCAAACGGAAGGAGUACCUUUAUAAAACCCACUCCAUCGUCUACCAAAGUUCCUGUGGUCACAAAGAAAGCAAUUUCUAAUGAUUAUUCGCAUCAUGUAGAAGAUUUGAUUAGGAGUCCCCUUAAAAAAAGAACGCCAGUUAAAAUGGUCCCAGCUCUCACUUAUAUGACCUAUAUGAGCAUGACUUUCAAGAAUUUUAUAUCCACACUGAUUUUUGAUUGGUCUAUGGCAUUCACUCACCCUCUACACUUCCUAGCAUUGAUUACAUUGGUUCCAUUGUUAUCUUUUGCAUUACUCAUGAUAGGAAUAACAUUUCACAUUGGAUUUGCGCUUGGAAUGGGAAGCAUUAUUGAGGCAGUUGGACGUAAAUGGGGAGCAAAUUUAACAAUGAUUAAUUGGUGGGAUCCAAGUAUAUUUACAUUAGAUGUGACCGGAAUAGUAAAAGAUGGAAUUUCUGCCUUAGGACGACCGCCGCAAGAGCCUGCUGACGGUUCUGACAAUGUUGUUUUUAAUAUUGACAUAGCAGAACUUUUAUUGUUCAUGUCCUCUAUAAUUUACGAACGGGACGAAAAGAUUGUGCGUGAAACUUACGAAAUGAUUGAUGAUAUGGUGGCUGAUGAUACAAACGCAGAAGUUCUUGAAUCAGCCAUGAACCAACUUAAAAAUUCGGUAUCUAGAAUCCAUGAUCAAGCAAAUCUUUGGGGAUUGGAGUUUGUUUCCUUGUCUGAACUGAAUAGUUUGGGUGGUCCUUUUUCCGGUAUAUUUUAUAGUAAGGAGCAUAAUUUUAUAGUAGUGGUGUUCAAGGGAACAACCCCUAUAGAUUUUAAAGAUUUCGUGAUAGAUUUAAUGUUACAACGUAUUGAUGCUAGUAAUUUUGUAUUUGGCGAAAUUCAUUGCGGAAUGUACACGAGCCUCUUCUCUCAAACGCAGAGUCGAAGUGCAAAAAUGGACCGCACAAGUCCUUAUAUUACUAUAGUCGAAGCCAUUCGAAGUAAGGCCGUUGAAAUUGUAAAUUCUAACGCAAAGAAUACGCCAGUUAAUGUUUGGGUCACGGGCCAUUCUCUUGGUGCUGCCUUAGCUUCAAUCUUCUUUUCAAGAUGUCUGAAAUCUCCUGAAGACUUGGGACCUAAUUGCAUCCUGAGAGAUGGUUACUUGUAUGGUUGCCCAGCAGUAGGAAACAGUUCCUUUGCGUCUUUAUUUUCGAGCUAUUCUAACCAACCAUUCGAUCGGUCUAGCACACUCUGGAGAGUUGUAAAUGACACAGAUAUUGUUGCUCACUUGUCAGGAUUUGAAGACAUCACUAUGAGUCAAGUACUUGCUAAUCAUAGUAUCCUUGAUUACACUCAUGUUGGCGAGGAAAUUCGUUUCUUCAGAAGUGGUGCAAGACCAAGAUGCACGAAGGAUGUAUUACCUCCGAUCAACGAACAUGUUCUUGUGAAAAAUAAUGAAUUCGGUUUUUUUAAGUUUGGUAAAGCGGUUGUAGAAAAUCUGUUUUACGGUAAUCCAUUGAAAAAAUUAGGGGAAUUAUUUUAUAGCGAGCCAUUUACACAGCCUUCAAAAUAUGUAACGAGUUUAUGGCAAGGAGCAAGUCAUAAUCCCUUGAAGUAUGUGGAAAUGAUGUUACCCAUUUUCUAUAGAAAUCACAUACCAGCAGAGUAUUUCAGAGCGAUGCAAAAUGCCAGAAGAUAUUUUGUUGAGAAUUCAGAAGAUGGUUCAAUAAGUUAG